CCAGUCUCGUUUACAUGCAUGGAAAUUUAAUUUCCCCCCGCCCUCUAUAAAAUAAUCCCCACCCCGUUUACACUUUCACUCCACACACUCCAUUAUCUAACUCACCACUCAAAGCAAAGAAGAAGAAGAAAAAAGACCCCUAGAAUCUCUCUUCCCUAUCAUGGCCGCUACCAAGAUUCAGUUUCUCGUCGCCCUAAUGGCGGUGGCGAUGGUGGCGAGCGCGCAGCUGGCCGAAGGAACCGUGACCUGCGGCCAGGUCACGUCCAGCCUGGCGCCGUGCCUCGGUUACCUCACGGGCCGAGGCGGCGUGACGCCCGGCUGCUGCAACGGGAUCAGGUCCCUCAACGGCGCCGCCAGAUCCACGCCGGACAGGCAGCAGGCCUGCCGCUGCCUGAAGAACCUCGCCGGCAGCGUCAGGGGCGUCAACAUGGGCAACGCCGCCGGGCUUCCGGGGAAGUGCGGCGUCAACGUUGGUUUCCCCAUCAGCAACUCCGUCGACUGCAGCAGGGGUCAGGUAAUGCGGGUUGAGUUGACGAAGCCGAUUGAUGCGUACGUGUAUCCAAGUUGCUUAAUUAAUUACAGUUGUACGGCGAGAAGAAUAAAAGGGAAUAUUGUUGUUUGUGUAGUACUGCGUACUGUGUAGUGCUACAAAGCAUCAGUCCGUGUAGUGCUACAAAGCAUGAGUGUAUUGUAUUAUCUAUGCGUUAUGUUGUGUUAAGGAGAGCUCGAACAGAAUAAAGACGAUUAUGCUAAUUAAUCAUGAUUCAAAUGAAUAUAUCUUGGUAUUAAGAAAGCCACAAUGUAGUUGAAGAAUAGUAGAC